ACGUAAUAUGGCAUUUUCCUGCCCACAUCCACCUCCACCAAAACAAUGUUUGCAUGCGGUGAAUGAAGUCUGGAAGGAUGGACUGUUUGAAGUCUAUUGAAAAAUGACCUCAACAGCUUGCUGUCCAGCCCCUUGCCAUAAAGGAAAUGCCUUGACCUGGCUUCUGUGUCCAGGUAUUGAUCAUGUAUCCACCGCAUUGCAAACUCUGAAUGAGCUCGCUCAGGAGAGAAAAGGUGAACUUGUUGAAAAGGUUCUUCAGCAAUGCAACCCUGAAGCCUGUAUUUAUGCACUGCAAAAACUACUCAAUUCAUCUGCCUCAUGGCUGAGAAGUACUGCAGCUUGUAUCUUUGCAGUACUGCUGGAAAAUGAAUCCAUGGUGCUAAAACUUCAGAAGUGGACUGAAGGGGACAAUGGUCUGAUAUGUUCUUUUGUUGAGAUCCUGACUAAAGAUGAACCUGAUAGUGUGAUGAAUGCUACUGGAGCCAUAGCCUCUUUGGUUGAUACUUUUUCAGGGCGGCAAUGGUUGCUUCAGAGCCAAAAUGUGUUCUCUCAGGUCCUUGAGAGCUUAUCCAUUCUUCUGACAAAUGAGAGGGAGAAUACAGUGAACUCUGCAGCACUUAUCCUUGCGCGACUUUCCCUGUGUGAAGAGGCCUGUCAGAAGAUUUUAUCCCACCCGUCUGCCUCCAGGACCUUCAGACAUUUAGUAAAGUGCCUAUCAUGCGGCCACAAAGACACAGCAAUGAAUGCAGCAUUUGCUGUUGGUCUUCUGUGUGAGAGUGGACAGAACAAGAGCCUCAUUCUGAGAGAAGCCAAAGAUCAUGAGCUGGUUAGCAGACUGCAGGCUCUGAUAUCUACCAGGUCAGGAGUUGAGAUGGGACAAACAGCAUGUUUUGGAAUGAGUUGCUUAGCAAAUGAUGAAGAUGGUCAUGCUCUAUUGAUGGAGAGCACCUCAUGUACUGCUGUGCUGGAUGGUCUUUUACAACUGCUGCGUAGUACAGACCCAGACACUGUCUGGUUUGCUGCUAUGACAAUAAGAGUGUUGGUGUCCCGGCCAAGGGGAGUGGUGCUAAUCAGAACGCACUGUCCUCUACAAGCGCAGCUGAAGUUGCUCUCGAUGUCCUCAUCCACUGGGCCAGAACUGCAGGAGGAAGUCAGCAUGUGCCUCAGGAGACUGGAGCGUUUGCCCAAACCAGCAUCAGUAACAGUUACAAACCUGUCAUCAACGGUCUGCACUGUAUCAUGGGACAGGUGUGAGCCUGAGAGCGGCCUGGAGGUCAUAUACAGUCUCUUUGACAGAGAUGUCAUGCUGUACCGUGGCCCAAUGUGUCAGGCGACCUUACCUGUUUCUACCAACCAAUCAAAGAAUUCCCUCUCUCUACGCCUCCACCUCUCUACACCUGAUGGUGACAUCAGUCCCUUCAGUGAAGCUGUGGAUGUUACUCUGGAGCAGCUGGACGCUAAAAUCAGACCUCCACGGGAGCUCUGUGUGAUUGGCUGCACAGCUACACAAGUACACCUACGCUGGUUAGAGCCGGAGGGAGAGGUCAAACCCAAAUCAUACCGAAUCUAUUGUAAUGACACACUGGUGAAGACCACUACUCUGCAAGGGGCUGUAGUGAGCGGUUUAUCUCCUAGUACCUCCUACCAGCUUAGCGUGAGUUCCCUUGGUCCAGGAGACACACAGAGUCCUAGAGCAGGAUCUGAGGUGAGGACAGCGGACGAUCAGGAUCAUGCUCCAUCCAGUCUGACCAUAGCUGUCCUGGGACGUCAUGAAAUACAGAUCAACUGGAGAGCUCCAGUCGUACCUUUAGGGAGACUCUUCAAAUAUGAGCUCAGUCUGAAUGGAUGUGUGGUAUACCUGGGCACAGAGCGGGCAUACACUGCCCGCCGUUUGUCCGCUAAUACAGCCUACACCUGCAUUAUAACAGCCAUUACCUCCAGAGGGCGCUGUCAGAGCAGACCAGUCACUAAGAAGACAGCUCGGGAUGAAUACAUGCACUCAAACAGGUAUUUGCAUUCCCCUACCCAUCAGACUUACUCAAAAACCCCCACUCCUUCUCCAAGCAGCCAAGAGAGAAGUGAGGUCAGAAAGAAGGCCACGAAUUCACCAGCUAUACUUGGACAUAAACCUACAGUUCACUCCAGCACAGGCCAGCACAGAGCAUUUGACCUCAGAAAACACAUGCACAGGCGAUCAUCCAUCCAGAUACAUAUUCCAAAACUAAACAAAUCUUCCAAUCGCACAUCAAAGGACCCAGUAGGAAUUGGCACAGGAUGUGAUUUCAAUGUUUUGCUCAAGACUGACAAAGAGAGUCCAGCUGUUGUGUUUCCUGUGAGCUCUAAUGACCAUCUCAUGGUUUCUCACCGGGAACAAUCUGAGAGCACACACCGGUCCCAGACCCAGUCAUCCACCCCAGGGGACCUCACACACCCGAAGGUCAUGAUCACCCAAGCCAGGCGGCUACAAUGGAGCUCAGGCAGAAAAGUUCCCACUGACCGAGAAAAACUUCCAUGCAUCAGCAAACAAAAUUCUGAGGAUGUGAGAUUGCUCCAACCUGUCUCAUUCAGUUGGUCUAAUCUGGAAUGGACAAGGCAACAUCAAAACAAAGGACAAAGGGACAAAAAUAAUACCAUUUUGAAGGUCCAAAGUCAACAAAAACGAAGACAUGACCCAUCACACACCAAACUCACAUAACAAAUGGAGGGUCUCUACAACACCACAACUCCCCCA